CCUGUUUUUUAUAUUUUAAUCGGUUAAUCGAACCGAAUUUAAUGAUACCGGUUAUCAGCGGAUUUAAAUGAUUUCUGCAUACCGGUCUUCUUCAAACGGUGUCGUGUUGAAGAACCCUCAGAAAACGCUGUUUUUGUUCAUCUCCUCCGUCUCCUCCUAAAACUGAAUCUCUCUUUUCAAAUUCAAAAAAAAACGAGGAUACGUCUAUCUCAGAUCUUCACAAUGGAUAAUCCGAUUCAAGAGGUGAUGGAUAAGCAGCACAUUGAGACGCGUUUUGUGAAGAUCCAAGCUGAGAAGAGUCCGUUCUUGGCUGAGAAGCUCAAGAUUGUGGUUCUUCCCACUCUCGCACUCAUUAAGAACACUAAAGUUGAUGAUUAUGUGGUUGGGUUUAAUGAGCUGGGAGGGAGAGACGAUUUCAGCACGGAGGAUCUAGAAGAGAGAUUAGCUAGAGCUCAAGUUAUCCAUUACGAGGGUGAAUCAUCAUCUCAUAAGGUAAAGUCUAUGUACUGGGAGCUUGUGGUCAAGUACUAAGGGGAAGAGCUUGGGAUGUCACCACAUUUCAAGUUCGAUCCACAUGCCAUGCGAAACUAAGUCAUAUUUUUCUGGUCACCUACACGGAUAUGGGCUAUUGCAUUUCGGCCCAUUUGAAUACCCGGAAGAGGGUUUAUCCGUGGGCUGCACCUCCCACCCGGGGGUUAGGUCUGUGUCUUUAAUAGACCCAUGUUUAACCCUUUUGUUUACAAAAAAAAAAAAAAAUAAAGUAAAGUCUAUGACACAAGCCAGGAGGAGUGUAAGGCAGAGUGCUAAUUCAGAUUCUGACUCUGAAUGAAUCCCAAGUUUUAACAAUAUAUAUAAAGGAGGAAACAUAAAAUGUAAGCGCUCGUAGCUUGGUGGUAAACGAGGUACAGCUGUAUUGUCCGCCACCCGGGUUCGAGCCUUGGCCACAACAGAUUUAACAUCCCUUCCGUUGGGGCACUGGACCCCUUUCGGAGGAUAGUUGGGAAUGUAGCUGCUCAGAUACCAGAUUUAUCAAAAAAAAAAAUAAAAAAAAAAUGUAAGUGAGCUUGUUGUUGAGUUUUUAUUGAACUAAUUAAGUUAGUCAUAUGUAAUAUUCAAAGCUAUUCAUUUGUCUUUUUCAUGAUCUAAUAUGGAUUUUUUAACCUUUUAACAUUUU